AUGUCGCUUAAAUUACGACAUCACCUUUACUACAAGUUUUGUGUCACAGCGCGCUUUCAGUUGUCCCCGGCCCCAACCAGUGUCAAAGAGGUUCAAUUCAUCCAUGAUUCGUUUAAGAAAAUAGCUCCCGUGGAAUUCUUUCUGAUGGAAUACUCUGAUCAUUCACCAUCAAAUCCUUGGAAACAGCAUGCCACAGUUGUCCUUAAUGCAUCCAACCAACUCCCUCAGCUGAACCCUUUCAAUGAGGCUGACGAGACAGAACGGCCCUCAUUAGCUUUCCUACAGCAACGACAGUUGGAUAUCAAACAAUUCUUGAUGCUGAUAUGUGCACUUCCUCGCUAUCUGUUCAUUGAGCAUGAUGACACAUAUUUCCUGCGGCAAAUGUGUGUUCCGUUUAAACAUACCUUGUCACAAGAUGGAAAGCACUUGAUGGGGGGAUACGAGGUCACAGACUCUACUGUGGAUUCUCCAUUCGUCACUUUAAAAACUGGUCAUGACCCCAAAUUAGUUGUAUCGAGGCUACGGCACAAUUUCCAAAAGUUUCACAAGUUCAAGCCAGUGAAAGUUUACAAUAGUUUAUACAGACUCCAUGGCGCAGGCGGGUUGCAGAAAGAAAAAUUAAAGAUUGAUAUAGAUGCCGAUAUGGACUAUGACGUUGCUUCCCUAAUGAACCUUGAGUCGAACGUCAAAGCGCUGCUUCCCUUCACGAAAUCAUCCAAGUUUGAAGGCUUCUUCACGUAA